GAAAGCUCGCGGUCGCUCGAGGCGCGCGCCGGAGGUCCUCGCUCGCUCGGUUUACCUGAGGGACCUGCGGCCGUCCGCGGCGGGCGCUGCACCCCGCGCCUUGGAGCCCGGGCCCCGCGGUGUGAGAUAUUUCAAUCAAAGGAAGAAAUAGCUCUUCUCCUAAGAUGGAAUCUGUUGUUUGGGAGUGUGGUUGAUCAACUCGAUAUGUUAGCCAAAUGUGCCCUAUGUAAUAAAAUGAAAAGAAGAGACAAGAUGAUGUCAUUUUUCCGUAUCGUGAAACCAAAAACAAAUGCCUUUUGUGAGACCAAGCUAACAAACCUCUGAUGGUGCAGAGUAUUUAACUGUUUGAAGAACUUAAUAGUAAGAUAUUGAAGAAGUACGUCUUCAAGCUGAGACCUGCAGGUGUACAAAGAUCUAAAAUACAUUGAAUAGGCCUGAUCAUCCAAAUCUCCAAGAAGCAUGGCUAUGAGUUGGAUCGUCUUCUAUCUUUGGCCCUUGACUAUGUUUGUGGGGCAUAUAGGUGGGCACAGUUUGUUUUCUUGUGAACCUAUUACCUUGAGGAUGUGCCAGGAUUUGCCUUAUAAUACUACCUUCAUGCCUAAUCUUCUGAAUCAUUAUGACCAACAGACAGCAGCUUUAGCAAUGGAGCCAUUCCACCCUAUGGUGAAUCUGGAUUGUUCUCAGGAUUUCCGGCCAUUUCUUUGUGCACUCUAUGCUCCUAUUUGCAUGGAAUAUGGACGUGUCACACUUCCCUGCCGUAGGCUGUGUCAGAGGGCUUACAGCGAGUGUUCAAAGCUUAUGGAGAUGUUUGGUGUUCCUUGGCCUGAAGAUAUGGAAUGCAGUAGGUUCCCAGAUUGUGAUGAGCCAUACCCUCGACUUGUGGAUCUGAAUUUAGCAGGAGAUCCUACUGAAGGAGCCCCAGUGGCAGUGCAGAGGGAUUAUGGUUUUUGGUGUCCCCGGGAAUUGAAAAUUGAUCCUGAUCUUGGUUAUUCUUUUUUGCACGUGCGUGAUUGUUCACCUCCUUGUCCAAAUAUGUACUUUAGAAGAGAAGAACUUUCAUUUGCUCGAUAUUUCAUAGGAUUGAUUUCAAUCAUUUGCCUCUCUGCCACAUUGUUUACUUUUUUAACUUUUUUGAUUGAUGUCACAAGAUUCCGUUAUCCUGAAAGACCAAUUAUAUUUUAUGCAGUCUGCUACAUGAUGGUAUCAUUAAUUUUCUUCAUUGGGUUUUUGCUUGAGGAUCGAGUAGCCUGCAAUGCAUCUAGCCCUGCACAAUAUAAGGCUUCUACAGUGACACAAGGAUCUCAUAAUAAAGCCUGUACCAUGCUUUUUAUGGUACUUUAUUUUUUUACUAUGGCUGGCAGCGUUUGGUGGGUAAUUCUUACCAUCACUUGGUUCUUGGCAGCUGUGCCAAAGUGGGGUAGCGAAGCUAUUGAGAAGAAAGCAUUGCUGUUUCAUGCCAGUGCAUGGGGCAUCCCUGGAACUCUAACUAUCAUCCUUUUAGCGAUGAAUAAAAUUGAAGGUGACAAUAUCAGUGGCGUGUGUUUUGUUGGCCUCUACGAUAUUGAUGCAUUGAGAUAUUUUGUUCUUGCACCCCUCUGCCUAUAUGUGGUAGUUGGGGUUUCACUCCUUUUAGCUGGCAUUAUAUCUCUAAACAGAGUUCGAAUUGAGAUUCCAUUAGAAAAGGAGAACCAAGAUAAAUUGGUGAAGUUUAUGAUCCGGAUUGGUGUUUUCAGCAUUCUCUAUCUUGUACCACUCUUGGUUGUAAUUGGAUGCUACUUUUAUGAACAAGCUUACCGUGGCAUCUGGGAAACAACAUGGAUACAAGAACGCUGCAGAGAAUAUCACAUUCCAUGUCCAUAUCAGGUCACUCAAAUGAGUCGUCCAGACCUGAUUCUCUUUCUGAUGAAAUACCUGAUGGCUCUGAUAGUUGGUAUUCCCUCUAUUUUUUGGGUUGGAAGCAAAAAGACAUGCUUUGAAUGGGCCAGUUUUUUUCAUGGUCGUAGGAAAAAAGAGAUAGUGAAUGAGAGCCGACAGGUACUCCAAGAACCUGAUUUUGCUCAGUCCCUCCUGAGGGAUCCAAAUACUCCUAUUAUAAGAAAAUCAAGAGGAACUUCCACUCAAGGAACAUCCACCCAUGCUUCUUCAACUCAGCUGGCUAUGGUGGAUGAUCAGAGAAGCAAAGCAGGGAGUGUCCACAGCAAAGUGAGCAGCUACCACGGCAGCCUCCACAGAUCCCGUGAUGGCAGGUACACUCCCUGCAGUUACAGAGGAAUGGAAGAGAGACUACCUCAUGGCAGCAUGUCACGACUAACGGACCACUCCAGGCACAGUAGUUCUCAUCGGCUCAAUGAACAGUCGCGACAUAGCAGUAUCCGAGAUCUCAGUAAUAACCCUAUGACUCACAUCACACAUGGCACCAGCAUGAAUCGAGUUAUUGAAGAAGAUGGAACCAGUGCUUAAAUUGUCCUGUCUAAGGUGGAAAAUUUGUGCCGUUUAAAAAGCAGAUUUUAUUCUUUGCCUUUGCAUGACUGACUGCUGUAACUCACUGUUGUCAUGCGUUCAGUCAGGUGCAGAUUGUGUCCAUUGGAAAAGUAAAUUUUUGCUUUUUAUAUUGUAUCAAACUUGGAACUCAAGGCAUCCAAAAUGCUAAGAAUUAUAUUAUCACAUAAAUAAUUCUUAUUUCUAGGUUAUAAAGAGAUAAUUAUUUGUCUGGUAAGCAUUUUUAUAAAUACACUAUUUUAUAUUUAGAAAAUCCUAAAUGUGUGGUGACUGCUUUGUAGUGAACUUUCGUAUAAUAUCAACAAGUUGUGAGAUAACAUUCUGGUGGUUCUGUUAAUAAAACAAAAUUUCAGAAUUAAAGAAUUUUCUAUGCAAGGUUUAUUUCUCAGAUGAAUGGUGAGACUUUAUAGUUUUAUUUCCACUAAGUGAAAAAGAACUGGUUUUAAACUGUAGGAGCAUUUGAUAAAUCAGCAAGGGUAUUUUAGCUAAUAGAAUAUAAGAUCAACAGAAGAAUCUGAUUAGUUUGUUGAAGGCUCUUUCAAAAUUCUAUCAAAAUAAAUUUUAUCCAGAGAGAUACAGGAUUAAGAAUAUCAUUGGGCAUUUUUUUCCCUAUAAUUAAGCUGUUUUUAUUACUUUUGUAAAUAUUACUUUUACUGGCAGUGUUUUUAUAACUUAUCCAUAUGCAUGAUGGAAAAAUAAUUUGUAGCCAUCUUUUCCCAUGUAGUAGUAUUAAUUCAUAGAUAAUUUUAUGUUCAUAUCUAUUCUGUGGAGGCAUGUAAUAAGAUAAGCAUCACACAUAAGGUUUUUUUGUGGUAGCCACAAUUACAAAAUGGCAAAGUGUUUUCUCUGUAUUCAUUGUUGUAUUUUUCUACAGUGAGAUGUGAUCUUGCCAAAGCCACCAGAUCUUGGCAUCCAGGUCCUCCUAUCAAUGAGUUGAUUGUACUUGCAUUGCCCAGUAGCAAAUAGGCUACUGCUAUUGCCCCCAGAACCCUUAUAUUCAGAUUCUGGAUAAGUCUCGUUCAUAGCUAAAAUAUAUAUAACCUAAGUCCAAAGUGGUCAUUUAUUGGGGUAGCUGAAAAUCAUUGUAACUAAAUGAAGCAUGAUUAGUCUUACUGUGAAGUAUACUGUAAUCUUAAAAAUAUCAACUCAAAAAUGUUUGACAUUUUGUCUUGUAAUAUUUAAAUAAUUUACAAUAACAACUGGUAACUUUAUUAGGCAUGAAAUUUAUCAGAAGGGAAAGAAAAAUUCUGGAAGAUGCUGGAUAUAUUAUAUAGAAAAACAUUUUAAACAAGCAUGUCCUCAACCCUGACUACAGGUAAGAAUCACUUGGGGAACCUCUGAUGCUCAACGCCUUCCUCUCAUUGAGAUGAGAAUUGGUAGUUGUC